AAAGGUUUUUACUAGUACGUUAUCGUGAAUCUUUCACCCCAGUGAUGACAUAAACUUUUGUUUUUUUUCAGAAAUUUUAAUUCAUAAAUCUCAAGUCACAGUUUAAGUAGUUAGCAAUUCAGCAAAUACCUCGCCAGAGGAACAACAUUUUAACUCUUGGCUGUUUGUGGCAUGUUCAUUCCAGGGUUAGCCAUCGAUCUUGUUGAGCUGGAGUCAUAAGUGCCAAUGUCAAAGAAGCGUUCUUACGGGUUAGCCAUCGAAGUCAUAACCGCCAAUGUAAAAGACUGAGGCCUUCUAACGGAACCUGACAUCCUACUAGACGUUGGUUCCAAGUAAAGAUGUACAUGAGUGAUUAUACCACGGAGUAUAAAUUUGCACUACCGCAAACAACAUAGCCUGAUGUGUUAUUAAUAUUUCAGGUGCCUUUAUUCUUGUCCUUUGAAUAACGUACUGGAGAUGUUACCGUAUUUGGAAUUCAUCUUACUCUUCGUAAGCGUUUUUCCUAAGAACACUGCUGGCUCCAACAGUUGCCGCACCAGUUUUUCAGAUACAGAUCAUGUCCUGACUGGUCACGUGAUGCAGACUCUCAAUCACAAGUCUUUUGAGAGCUGCACAUUUUCCUGUGAACUGGAGCCGCAAUGCUUCAGUGUCAACUACAUUUCAUUGCACAAAACGUGCCAACUGAACGACGCAACCAAGGAAUACUUUCCUGGUGACUUGGUGAAACAGAAGGGAUCAUUUUACAUGGGUAUGGUGAUUCGCAGUUAUAACCCUUGUACGAGCAUGCGCUGUGAAAACGGAGGAACUUGUGUUCUCAGUCCUUCUCUAGAGUGCAAGUGUCUGAAAGGAUUCAGUGGACCUCGCUGCGAAAGUUAUGAUCCUUGCGUGAGCAUGCGCUGUGAAAACGGAGGAACGUGUAUUAGCAGGCCUACUUUAAAGUGCAAGUGUCUUAAUGGCUACACUGGUCUUCACUGUGACGCUCUUCAGGCUCUUGGAAUGGAAAGCGGGGCAAUUCCUGAUGGGAGUAUAAAAGCUUCCUCUACAAAGACUGGUUACGAUCCUUGGGACGGACGCCUAAAUGGAAACUCCUGUUGGAUGCCAGCACAAAAUAGCAAUUCCGAGUACAUUACGGUGAGGUUUGUAGCCCAGGUAACCGUUGUUGCCAUAGCAACGCAAGGUGCCCCUAUCGAUAGCUGUUGGGUGAAGAGUUAUAUUAUUCGAUAUGGUGUUCGACUUGCUAUAUCACAAGACCCCAAGGUGUACCAAGCGAAUUCAGACAAGGCUAGCAUUGUCACAAACAAGUUCUCAAGUCCUCGCUCUGCCGAAUGGAUCAGUAUCGCUCCAACAAGUUGGUCGUCUUGUAUUGCGCUGAGACUAGAAGUGUACGGAUACUAGUAGCUACAAACUGACGCUUCUUUAUGGGUUUACUUAUGACAUCCUUGCUGACCUGUGUGAGCAUGCGCAUGUCUACUUUGUUAUCUCUCAUAAGCUUACUCGACCACUUUUGGAACUGCAAACGGAGUGUUCAGAAAAAAAUCGUUACGAUGCCUGAAAUAUCAGUCCUAUCGUUCUGAGUAACGGAAAAGACAGUAAUGAUUGCCUAAGACGAGGUUUACUCUAUAAGUUAUAGAAAAAUGAAACACCAGCUACCGUUAAAUGCCGUCUGUACGUAAGCCCUGGGCUUAUCUAACCUCGUGAAGGCUUAGACGAAAGUGACCCUGAUUAAUCGUUCAAUCUCUUGUACAUUCCUAUUUAUAUGGCCAGGGAAAUUUUAUAAAGCGGAACCUCCCGUAAGCGACCACCUAAAAUGUCAAGCCUUGCCGGUGGUUGCUUACCAGAGCUUAGAUCAUAUCGGGUCAAACUUUUGCCUCAUUAGCAUUAUGGUAACUGCAGAGACUUACCCCCU